AUGACCGUUAUUCCUAAGACAACAACUGUUGAGCAUGGACUCAAGUUUGAAUUCUCACAAAUGACCGAGGGAGACUACUUUAGACUGGAUGUCGGUGAGAUACCGUUACUCAAAGACAUUAGAUGUUUAGUGAAAGACACUAAGAAUGUGGCUGAAAGCUCAGAUGACAAAAAGCUAAAUAGAUCUCCUCUCGACUGCAACAAAAUAGCUGAGGUAGUCUAUGACGAGAAACUGUUGAUUCACUUCUUUCAAGAUAAUUUGAGUGACAUUGCCCUCACUUGGUAUAUGCGGUUGGAUAAUACUAAGGUUAAAAGAUGGAAGGAUUUAGUUGAUGCCUUCAUGAGGCAAUAUAAGUUCAAUAUAGACGUCGGCCCUGAUCGGUUAAGCUUGCAAGCUAUGGAGAAGGACAACAAGGAGUCCAUAAGGGAAUACGCCCGAAGAUGA